GUUUUAUACUGACGCAGACUGACGUUGGUGACCAACCAAACAGGAAGUUUUAGUUGAAAGACAGUCGCUGCGAAGGCACCAGCUGUGAGGGCAAGAAUAAUCCGCUGAGCCGCUGCUGCCAUUAUGUUGUCGGAGGGAGGCUCUUUCAUGAAGGGGAUGGUGAUGGGCGGCCUCUUCUGCUUGGUGCUGUCGCUGCUGGGCAGCUUCAGCCCCGUCACCGAGUCCAGGACGGACGACAACCACCACCACCAUCAUCACGUCAAGGCUGCAAGCAAAGACGAGCUCCAGCAGCUCUCUGACAGCCGGCUGCAGGAGCUGAACAACCAACUGCAGGUCUACUGCGUCGUCAUGGUGCAGCCCAAAAGCCUCGUCUACUGGGCCACGGCGCUGGACACCUGGACCAAGCACUGCGACAAGGCCGAGUUUUACACCUCGGAGGCCUCCAAGGCACUGGAGGCCAUAGACCUGAACGAGAAGGAUGACUGGGCAAGGUUGCGUAAGGCUCUGAAGCACGCCUACGAGAACGCCGGGGACAUCCGCUGGUUCUUCGUGGCUCAGCCCAACACCUUCGCCAUCAUCGAGAACCUCAAGUACCUGGUGCUCACCAAAGACCCGGAGCAGCCGUUUUACCUGGGGAAGUCGGUGAAGUCCGGGGAGCUGGAGUACGUUGAGUUGAACAGCGGCAUCGUCCUGAGCUACGAGGCUCUGAAGAGGCUGGUGAACGUCUUCCAGGACGAGGACAAGUGUCCAGAGAGAGGACGGCAGCUGUGGAAGCUGAGCGACGACAAGCAGCUUGCCGUGUGCCUCAAGUUCACCGGCGUGUUUGCGGAGAACGGAGAGGAUGUCCACGGGAAGGGCCUGUUCAACAGCAAGACGGUGGACAGCCUGAUAUCGGAAAGCAUGAAGCAGAACCCCAGCAACGUGGUGGAGGGCUGCUGCUCCGACCUGGCCGUCACCUUCAGCGGCCUGUCCGCCAACCAGAUGCAGGUCAUGAUGUUCGGAGUUUACAGGCUCCGUCCGUACGGACACGACUUCCACGACUUAUUGACAUUUUUCCCUCCCAAAGGCUCAGACAACGACUAGCCUCGCUCUGUCGUUUUGAAGAUUUUGCUUCUGUGAUGGCAAACCUGACUCUAGAUAUUUGUUUACGAGGCUUGAUCCUGGGGGGAGUUCUGUAUAUUUGUAACUUUUUGCACUUGACUUGGCCGGUGCCGGAUGUCUGUGGAUCUGAGACUGGAUCAUCUCGGUUUGGAUUUUGGUUCCUGAAGUUUUGUUCUCAGUCUUUAAGCUUCUGUUUUGUUAUUGUAAAAUAACAUUCUAAAUCUGUGAAAUUCCACCUGUUAUCAGAUUUAAUGUUUUAUUGUUGCACCAUUAAAUCUGCAUUAUGUAAUUUUUAUACUUUUA